AUGCGGAAGGAACUCAGACAGGUCAUAUUGGAUGCUAAAGCGUUGUUGGAGGCGUCUGGGGGGUGCGGCUCCACUGGGGCUACUGGAGCUGCCAAAGUCAAUAGACCCGCCAAAGGUGCCGACCCUGCAGACGCGACUGGAUCUCGACAAGGCGGCGGAGUGCUGAGAGUCGCCGUGCUCACGGGAUCUCCAUUGUCUGCUUCAUCUUAUGCAUCUGCAGGAUCCACGGCAUCUGUUGCAUUGUUCACGCCUACCGACUCUUUAGAAUCCAUGUCAUCUCCUCUGUCUGCCGAGUCUCCCGCAUAUCUGGACAAGAACACGCUCUGA